AUGUCGGACACUGCCAGCAAAAGUAUGUUCUACUGUCGGAUGGGGACAGGUCUAGGACUUACGACAGUGACCCUGAUAUUCCUCACCAUUGCUGAUAUUGCCAUAGCGGUGGCCUACAAGAACAUCCUCGAGGACAAUGACACCUCAUGUGGCCUGAAGGCGGCCUAUUCGAUGUUCGUUAUUGCGACUUGCGCCCAAUUUACAAUGGGAGUGUUUGACGCGAUCCUCGUGUGUACUACGCUGCGGACCAACGUCUCCUGUAAUUGUGUGUGUUACCAUAUGAAGGUCAUCACCCAUUUCGUAUCAUGCGGUUUGAUAUUCCUGGGCACAAUGAUUUACGGGAUCAAAGACCCAGAUAAGGUUGGUUACGCAUUCUGGAUGGUCCUUAUAGCGGGGUUUUUCUCCCUGAUGAACGCCCUCAUGUGGCUGCUAACACAACAAACGAAGCGAUUCCUCAAGGACGCAGGGGUGAACGUGAAGAAUCUGGAGAAGGGCAAAAAGGCCGACGGCACUGAAUUUGAUUAA